CUAACACCAAAUCUCUUCCUGAAGCAAAUGCUUGAGAGGUAUCAGAAAUCAGAGACGGACAAUAACAAUGACAAAUUGAUGACCGAUGGGGUCACAAAAACAUGGGAUAAACUCAUGCUUCAGAAGCACUGCUGCGGGGUGCAAGGCCCCUCCGACUGGCAGGAGUACACGUCCGCCUUCCGCGUCAUGCACAGCGAUGCUGACUUCCCUUGGCCACGCAAUUGCUGUGUCAUGGAUGCCCGAGGGUUGCCUGUCAACCUUGAUGGCUGCAAGCUGGGAGUCCCUGGCUACUAUAACAGCAACGGUUGUUAUGAUGCUAUCUCCGGGCCAAUGAACACACAUGCCUGGGGUGUUGCCUGGUUUGGUUUUGCCAUCCUUUGCUGGACUUUUUGUGUCCUCCUUGGUACCAUGUUCUACUGGAGCAGAAUUGAAUACUGA